AAAGAAACCAGUUACACAGCAACGGAGUGGCGUACGGUCACCCGAGCGUGUAGUGAAUAUACUAAAAAUACGAGGAAUUGUGUUGUGUGUGCGUGAUUCGAUAAGUAAGCCGUGGCAUGGCGGAUUAUACAGAAAUAAAGACGAACUGCCUCCAAAAGUUCCAACUAUGGGAAGACCCUGAUUUCCCAGCUACACAAAGUUCCGUGUUUUAUCAUCAAGUGCCACCUUUCCAAUUUGAAUGGAAAAGACCUCAUGAGCUGUACCUUAAUCCAAAGUUUAUUCACGAAGGAUACGAGGGGUUCGAUGUGGUGACCGGCACACUCGGUGACAAAUGGCUACUGUCGUGUUUCGGAAUAUUACAUAUGUAUAAAGGUCUAUUUUUUCGAGUCAUACCCGGGGUCCAAAGGCUUGAUUCUAAUUAUGCUGGCAUAUUUCGGUUUUGUAUUUGGUGGUGUGGACAAUGGGUAGAAGUAUUAGUUGAUGACCAACUGCCCACAGUGCAUGGCAAGCUGGCUUUCAUGCAUUGCAGUCAUUCGGAACAGUUGUGGCCAGCUUUAUUAGAGAAGGCUUACGCUAAAAUGCACGGAUCGUAUGAAGCUCUGAAAUACGGGAACCUUCACGAUGGGCUUGUUGAGUUAACCGGCGGCAUAACAGAGACUAUUCCUCUUGCAGAUAUCGAAGACCCAAUUAGACUACAUAACUUAUUACAGACUACGAGUAUUGUUACAGCCUAUCAUUCUGCCAAUUCUGUUAAAAAUAUAGAAUCUGGAAUACGUUACAGAAUGUAUAAUAUGGAAAGGGUAGAAACCCCGGGAGGCUACAUACACUUGGUACGCUUGGGAAAACCUCUAGCGUCCGGCGAAAAGCCUUUCAACCAUCUGGUAUUAGACAAAACAACGUGGAAUUCAAUACCAAUAUCAGAAAGAGACCGAUUGACAUCUACAACAACUGGCUUCUGGAUGCUUUAUACAGACUUCAUAAGCAUGUUCGCCCAAUUAGAUUUAGUUCACAUCAGUGGAGAAAAUAGUCACAUUGAAGCCACACUCGCAGAUAAGCAAAAGUGGCUAAUAAGGUCUCAUCAAGGGAGGUGGAUGAAGGGAGUCACGGCUGGCGGCUGUAGAAAUCACGCUGAAUUUUUCCACAUGAAUCCGCAAAUUCAAAUAUUGGUUAGUGAACCAGACACAGUUUUUGUAUCGCUCAGUCAACACAGUAUCAUGGAACCGAAAGUUAUAGGAUUUAGUAUUUAUAGAAUCUCAAAACCACUUACGGAAAUCGCACCCUCCACCUUAUUUAAGAAAAUCAAGAGCUCUAUUAAUUCUAAAUACACGAAUAGCAGACAAGUUAGUGAAAGGUGCGACCUAGAAGCUGGUGCUUACUUAAUCAUACCUACAACCUUCGAACCACGUCAAGAGGGAAAUUUCACACUCCGAGUUUGUUCCUUGAAGCAACACAAAGUUAAUUUAUUAGAUUGCUUUCCGCAGACAUUAAAAAUGGCUCUGCUAAAACCGCCAACUCAAAUAAACUCUAAUACAUUUCAACUGUACGAUUCACAAUUCCUUCAACUAGCGGAUGAACACAAAACUAUAAACGCGUUUGAACUUCAAGAACUGUUGGAGAGAUGUUUACCCAACGAUUACAUCAAGAGCUGCGCAACGAUAGAAACAUGCCGGCAAGUUGUGUUAUCUAUGGAAAAGGACGGAUUGGGUCGUAUUACGUUAAACGACUUCAAGAAUUUAAUAUACAGCUUAAGAUAUUGGCAAGAAGUGUUCAAGCGAUAUUCCACCGAGAAAAUGGGAGUGUUACGAGUAGAAAGAUUCCGUGAUGCUCUACGUGACGUUGGUUUCGCUGUGCCCGAGAGGGUCAUGGCUCUUCUGGUCCUCAAAUACAUGAGGAAGGAUGGAAUGCUGAGAUUCGGCGACUUUGUAUCUGCUAUCGUUCUUUUGCAUAGAGCAUUUGAUAUGUUCUUCAGUAACUGCUCAUCGAGUACAUACAAAAUACAAUUAACAUUUUCUGAGUGGCUGAAGUUGGCUUUGACUUGCUAACUUUGGGAUUCAGAUAGUAUCGCGGCGAAAGCAGAUGCCAAAGCAGCAGAAAUUGGUGCAAAGAAAAUAAUAAACAUUUGUGAUAUGCGGAUCGACCCAUGAAUCAGUGUGGUGUAAACAUAUAAUUUGCAUUUAUUAUUAUAAGUUUACAAUAAUGUAAAUAUCGUAUUUGCAAAUGAUCUAAAAAAGUAGGGCUUAAUUUGCUAUAAUAUUUUAAACAUAUAAGAAGUGUACAUAUUAUAAAUACAUAAGAAGAUAAAAAAAAUCAGAAGAUGAGUUUGAAACAAAUGAGAUUUUUUCUCUCUUGUUUCACCCUCACGCCCCUCUGUCAGUGUCACUACGGUAUGAAAAGAUCCUUGUACUACUGUAAACCAAAAAAAAGAAGCGGAGCAGCAAAAAAAGUGACAGAAAUUAAAGCUUUGAGCGGGUGAAACUGCGAGACACAGCAAGUAUUUAAUAAGAUCGUACAUCGGAAUGCGAAUCCAUUACAUAAUUAACAUAAUAAUGGAAAACUAAAAACCUCUUAGAAAUGUCACGUAAAUAUCAGGCAGUACCUACGUAGAAGUACUUGUAAAUAAAUGAUUACAACACUC